CAACUGACAUAAUUCCACACUUUCUUUUCCCGGUGAGCUGUCAACGUUGCGAUACGUUCGACAGUAGUUCGCCUUUUUAAUCCAAGUUAAUCAGCUUGGUUUCGUUUAAAAUACGUUAACUUGUAUUUUAAAAAUACAGCACAAUGCCGCCUAAGUUCGAUCCAAAUGAAAUUAAAAUCGUAAACUUACGAUGCGUCGGUGGAGAAGUCGGAGCCACCUCAUCGUUGGCCCCCAAAAUCGGUCCUCUUGGUUUGUCCCCCAAGAAGGUUGGUGACGACAUUGCCAAGGCUACCAGCGACUGGAAAGGUCUCAAGAUCACAGUGCAGCUGAUUGUACAAAACAGACAGGCCCAGAUUUCUGUGGUGCCAUCUGCAGCUGCCCUUCUCAUCAGAGCACUUAAAGAGCCACCCCGUGACCGUAAAAAGCAAAAGAACAUUAAGCACAACGGCAACAUCACCCUUGAAGAUGUCAUCAGCAUUGCCAAGACCAUGAGGCCCAGAUCCAUGGCCCGUUACCUGUCCGGUACUGUCAAGGAGAUCCUUGGAACAGCACAGUCUGUUGGAUGCACUGUUGAAGGCAGGGCUCCCCAUGACCUCAUCAAUGACAUCAACAGUGGUGCUCUUACCAUUGAUGAAUAAACUGAACACCUAGUUUAAAUA